UUUUUGACGUUUUGCAAAAUCGAAGGAAAAAGGUAGCAGUCUCAAAGCUACAGUCGGUGCUUAAACUAGUCUUUUCCAAACAAAUUACGUUGAUUUUUACUGCAAACGCGUUGUUAUUGCUUAGAAUUCAGUGCAUUUCACAAGCAAAUCGAACUGCUUUUCGUGACAAUCGUAGUGUUCGCGGUGAAAAACGGCAUUAUUGUUCGAUCGACUUCGAGGAAAAACCCACCCCCACCCACUUUUGCCACCCGCUUUGUGAGUGGUCGGAGAGGGUGGUGGUUGGCAGGCGCGCGUAAGAGAGAGAACAACAACAACAACAGCAGCAGCAGCAGCAUGGUCAUCACAACAUAAACAAACGGCGCCCACCUUCCCCGCGUCAACAAAGGAGAAAAAGGUGGCAAACGGGGUGCUCCUUAGCGACGGUGAAAAGCAGAAAAAAUAUCACUUUUGUUUAUGCAUCUUUACAUACAUACAUCUCGCCAUCUCAUCAAAAAUUCAUAUAAAAUUGACUGCGUUAUAAGCGGAGAGUGUCCAAAUGGUCCCACACCCUACGGUUAGAGAAUCCGAUCGUAGUUUGUGCUUGUUUUUUGGCAUCCGAAGCGGUGCUGAUGGUUGCGCUUGACCACCAACAAGAGCUAGAAUAAUUGUCCGUCGCGAAUCUAUAUUCUCGUGUCGUCGUGCGAUUUUAAAAAGCGCGAGCCGCUUAAAAUAGUGCUCACCAAGUAACGGGGCGAAACACAAUGCAUCAGCAUCAUCCAAGGAGGCAGCGGCAAAGUGGUGGAUUCCUAGAGCAACGUGAUCAGCAGCUACUACGAUUUGGCUCAUCAAACGGAAGAAGCAACACCUUGAAAAGCAGCGCCUACUGCUGCGACGGCGGUGAAUCGCCGUCAUUCAUUGUCGUCUCUGUGCUGGUGGCAAACUCUGGGAUUCGCGUCAUAGUUGAGAGGUGCAUCAACGACUUGUAAUAGUUUCGGCGAGCAGUUGAUGUUGUUUUGUUAUACAACAGUAAUAGUCAAUUAUCUUGCUGUGAAAGUGACUACACCAUGGAUAACAGCCGUUAAAUUGUUUCGAGUAAACGAUUCCAAAAGACUAAAUACAGCUUAGCAUUAAUUCGGCAAACUCUCUCUCAAGAUAUGGAUAAGCAGGAUCCCUCAAAGCAGGGAAAAGGAAAAAGGCCAUUUCUGGGGUUGCUAUCGAAGCGAUCCUCGCGAGUGGAACCACAGCGAUGCACCGAAAGUGAAGACGAGCUUGGCACAUCGGACUCGGCGAAUAACUCCACCCUCAAUCUGGCAACGGGUAGUCAAAAGUCAAGCAGUUCGAAUCUUCAGCAGCAGCAGCCGAGCUCCAAAACCGAUGUCGCUGCGAUUAGUAGCAAUCCCACUGCUGCCGGCAGCACCAUCGCCACCCAGCAUCAACAGCCGCGUCAAGACUCUUCCAAUCAAAGUGAUACCAAUUCGUAUCAUCUGCUCUCAACGACGUCCUCCACGACUACGACGAAUUCAUCCGGUGAUCCGUCGUCGAAAGCAACCACCACGUCAUCGUCGUCGCGAAAGACACCACACAACAAUUUCAUCGCGAGGGAUCCUGCGCAAACUGCAGUCAUGCGGAACCCGUCGAAUCGACUGAGCGGUCAGUUCAACCUGUGCUGUUCGGUGGAUGAAAACUUGCUCAAAUCACCCAAGAAAAACCGCUACCCAGACCCACAUGGUGGUGUUGGAGGAAGCAGCUCAUUAGAUUAUGGUAUUCAGCAGAAGCAUCAGCAACAACAGCAACAAGAUCAGCAGAAGCGACGCCAGCAGUUGAAGUUGGAACUUAACGCCAAGAACUCGACGACAAAUGGUGACCGAAGCGAGAAGAGAAGUCCUGUUAUCAAUGGGACUAGAAGUAGGCCGCUGGAAUUUGGGCAGGAAGUGGCCGGAGCGGUGGCUUCGAGCGAAGAAGUUGAUAGCAGUGGAUAUCAUAGUAAUAGUCAAACGGCGUUAGUUGAUAAUAGGGUUGUGACAAAACCUGUGGUGUUCCGGGAGUAUCAGAAUCAUACGCAACGGGCGAUUAUGAGUAGCAAAUCUAGGUUUAAGGAACGGUUCCUUCCUCCAUUGCCAAAACUUGAGGGUUACGAGAAAAUGGAGCAGCACUACAGUUCACCAAAUAUAGCAGAGACGGAUGAUCCACCGGGUGUAGAUCGACGCGAUAGCCGGAAGUCGAUGUCCUUCGAUACUGUUACAACGGCAAAUGAUGGUGAUUCGGUAAUCAGCAAUCCGGUGAGUACCGACUCGCUGGCCAGGCAAGCGUUGAUGGCAGCGCACGUGCUCCAUCUCAUACCAGCGGAUAAGGCUCGCCAAAGGAAUUUCCUUCACGGCAGACUAGGGACCACUUCACUUUUGGGUCCUUCUGAACUCGACAAAGUUCUUCCAACUAGAGAAAUCACGAUAUUCGUCGGUACAUGGAAUAUGAACGGACAAAGUCCGCCGAAACAGAUGAAUGAUUUUGUCCUUCCAACUUCACUGGAGCACGUUCCGGACAUAAUUGUGUUCGGUACCCAGGAAUCCUACUCGGAGCGAUUCGAGUGGGAGGUAACAUUGCAGGAAACUCUCGGCCCUAGUCAUAUUCUUCUCCAUUCAACCAGCCUUGGUACGCUUCAUCUAGCAGCGUUUAUCCGACGGGAUUUGAUUUGGUAUUGCUCCGAGCCAGAAGAUGCAAACCUUUCGGUGAGACCUGGAACCGCUUUCAGGACGAAAGGAGCCAUCGCUAUAUCGUUCAGUCUAUUUGGAACAUCAUUUCUGUUCGUAACAUCACACCUGACGGCUCAUCAACAAAAGGUUAAAGAACGUGUUUCUGACGUCAAGAAAAUUAUCCACUCCCUGGAUCUUCCCCGGAAUUUAACCGUCAAACAUCGUAACAAGGAUGUGACACAAAAUUUCGACAGUGUUUUCUGGUGUGGUGACCUAAACUUUCGGCUUAGCGAACCGCGGGACAAGCUGAUGCACUGGAUCGAAACGACGCAGUUUCCUUUACCGGCGCAUCUGCCUCAUGGGUUUAUGCAUACGGAUCAGUUGACGAGCGUCCUGGCGGAUGGGGCAGCAUUCAAAGGGUUUCGCGAAGCGAAAAUCACAUUUCCACCCACUUAUAAGUACGAUCCCGGCACACAGCGGUUCGAUACGUCCAGCAAACAACGUGCGCCGGCUUACACGGAUCGCAUUCUUUACAAGUUCAAACCGUUACCGGUUACAACUGUCCAUCGGCGGAUAAGCAACGCUGCCGGAGGUAAAAUAACGCAUCCUCCAUCGCCGGUGAAAUGUCUGGCUUACGAUUCGGUGCAGAGUAUCAUCACUUCGGACCAUAAACCGGUAUGGGCGUUGUUUCGCAGCAUAAUACGGCCAGGCGUAGAUACAAUACCACUGGCCGCAGGUCUGUUCAAUCGGGAAGUUUAUCUUGAAGGUAUGAAACGGCGACUUGAUAGUUCCGGCUCGAGCUCAUCUGCUGUUUGCAGCAUUCAAUGAUGAUAGCAAAAACCCGUAAUGUGAUAAGGUAAUCAGCACACAGGUAAUGUUAUUUUUCUAAUCCACUAUGCGUCAAGUAGAGUUACUACAUAUUUACCGUCAAUGGAAUCUGGACAGUGGAGGUAUGUGUGAUGCCCCGUGUCCUGCACUGUUAGUUUCACUUAGAUAGAUCCUGUAGACCAUAGUAGCAGUAAAACUUAACCGCAAAUAAGAGAACAAAGACAACAUACAUGAAUGAUUCCUUUUAAAAAAUAACAUUUCUAGCAUGUUUAGAAAGUUUAGAUCAAAACAUCUUUUAGAAUAGUGUAUUAGUGAACCAAAUAGCGAACCAAUACAUUUCCGGUACCGCGAAAAAUGGCAGCCUUAAAGGUUAGUUUAUAGAAAACCUGUUUCUAGUCAGAACAUAAAAGUCAAAUUAUUAAUAAGUCUCAUAUUUACGUUAGUAUCUAAGUCGAACAGUGAACUGAUCUACAACCAUUUAGUAACAUCAUCACAUAUCGAGAUGCGAUCUUCGUUGUUUCAUAGAUACAUGCCAGUUACAAGUAUUGUAUCUAUCUAGGCCCUAUUGGAAAUAAAAUAAAUGUGCUCAUCCAAAACAAUAAAUUUUGCUGUAAGUUUGGAAGAUGAUAGAUUGUAAAAAAAAAACAAACUGGAAGAUUUUUGUUAAGUUAAUGAACAUUUUGCUCAGUCUCUAAACACCUAAAUUUUCAAGCUUUAAAAAGACAUCCAAUAGAUACAUGCUGCAUUCUCGACGGAUUAGGAUCUCUAAUAAUUUAGUCAACAGCAAUAGCCAUAUCCAAAGGAACACCACAUAAAUAAUUUCUACCGAAUAUGAACCAUGUGUCUCUCUCUACCUCUCGUGGUGAGUAGCAAAACCAAUACAAACAGUAAAUAGCAUACAUAGUCAGAAUGUAGAAUCUCUGAAAGACAUUAGUACAUGCUCGCCAAAUGGGAGCCGCAUUAAAUGGUAGAAAAUAAAUUGUACAGAAGCAAUGAUGAAACAAUCCCUUCACCAACUAAUAUUCCAUGGAUUGGUAACUAUCCGGAAUUGGCCUUAACGAAGUAUAACAAAAUCAGCAAACUUUUUUAAACUGCUAAGUGUUGUAUCGAACAGUUUAUUUUCAUUCCAUCAUUUACCUGUAUUCUUCCAAAGUAUAUUUAUUUCCACUUACGAAUAGUCGGUUUUACGAUUUAUGUUAUUGGCCGUAUAAUGGCCGUUGUUUUGUUUGUGUUGCUUGACAAGUUUGACAAAAGCAUGUGAGGAUCUGAAUUUUUACACACUGUUUCAACUUUGAAAAUAAAUUCCAUUUCCUUCUA